CUUGCAAUGGACGCGGCACUCCGCGCGGCGGCAGACGACGUUCUAUCGGCCGACUUCCUCCUUGUGGCGGUUGGCGCUGGCUUUUCAGCGGACUCGGGCCUACCUGUGUACAAUGACAUUGCCAACGUGGCGGCGUACAAGGCCAUGGACAUCGAGUACCGCGACUUGUGCGAUGCGCAACUGGCCCAUGUGAAUCUCCCGCUGUUUUAUGGAUUUUGGGGCGACUGUUUCAACAUGUACCGCGACACAAAGGGCCACGCCGGAUACGACAUUCUACGCAAGUGGAAGGAGCUCGUGUGUGCAAAGGGUGGCGGCGCGAUCAUGGCCGCCCUUUUGGCUGACCAGUCCAGCAAAUUUCACGUCGGAGAUGUCACGAAUGAUCCAUUCUUUGUGUAUUCGUCGAACGUGGACGCCCACUUCCACCAACACUUCUCGGUCAACGAAGUGUACGAAAUCCACGGGACCACCGAGUACUGGCAAUGCGCAGGUGCGACCGAUGGCGUGGCGCCAUGCCAAGGCACGUGGGAACUGCCCCGCGACUUUCGGUUCACUGUCGACAAGGCGUCCAUGCUGGCUCAGCUGCCCAGUCCCUUGCCACCAUUUCUCCAAUGUCCGCAAUGCCACGGUCCAGCUCGACCGAAUGUUCUCAUGUUUGGCGACAAAUCGUGGAUUCCAAACGAUCGAGAUGAGGCUCGGUAUGUUGCGUGGGAAGCGGCUGUGGAAGAGGCAUUAGUCCGCGACCGAAGUAAGCGCCUCGUCGUGUUGGAAAUUGGAUGCGGCAUGCGAGUACCGAGUGUUCGGAUGGAGUGCGAAAUGGUCGCGAGGGAUAUCGAGGAAAAAACGCAGUCCACCAACCAAGUCCGCCACAUUCGUAUAAAUCCGAUGGAUGCCGACGCAACACCAUCGCCGACGCUGCAGCACAUCCCAUCGACGGGUCUUGCUGCACUCUCCGUGAUGGACCACCACAUGAACACCGUCAUCCUUGCCACCGACCGAGCUGCUUAGAGGACUAAACCUUCGCCAACCGGUCGAGAAGGACGGUGUUGGGCGAAAUAGAGCCAUCGAUUCACGGAAACGUCGAGUCCACUCGCACAUUUAUCACGUGGGUGGGUUGUUGCUCGUCUCCGUAGCGACCAUUGCUGUCUUGUUCCA